UUCAAAUGCUUAGCUUAACCUACCUUUUAAACUCUAUAUAUACACAUAUAUAUAUAUAUAUUGCUCUUUCACAUAUAUCUGAUUAAUCUAACACCCUUUGGCUCACUUAGAGGCCCCCUUCUUCUUUUUUGGCUCAAUUAUAUCUCUAAUGGCAGAGUUCAAUGCUGAGGUGCACAACCUUAAACCUUCAUUUUCAGAGAUCAACUCAUCAAACAUGGACUUGCUGAACAACCUGAGUGCAUUAGAAGAUGGUCUACACUCGAAUGUUCAAGGACUAGUUGGUCUGUCAAAUGACACUUUUUUGGAUCAUCAUCAACAGUCACACCUCAAUCCUAUAAAUUUCAUUGAUCAUCACAAUAUUCAAAGCUCUUUCAACCAUGAUGGUCCAUUUUAUGAUCCAAUCGUUAAUCAAUUCUUGCCAUUAGCUGGAGGUCCCAGCCAUGAACACAACGGCGCAAAAACGAUACCUGCCAAAGAUAGUUUGGCAAACUCAUCUCCAAAUUCUGGAACUGGAUUGAGCUUUGGUGGGAAAAAGAGAAAGAGAAACAAUGAGAGAGGAAUGGAGAAACCUAGAGAAGUCAUCCAUGUGAGAGCAAGGAGAGGCCAGGCUACUGAUAGCCACAGUUUGGCAGAAAGGUUGAGAAGAGAGAAAAUAAAUGAAAAGAUGAGAUGCUUGCAAGACCUGGUUCCAGGGUGUUAUAAGACAAUGGGAAUGGCGGUAAUGUUGGAUGUGAUAAUCAAUUAUGUACGAUCAUUACAGAACCAGAUUGAGUUUCUUUCCAUGAAGCUUUCAGCGGCAAGUUUGUUCUAUGAUUUCAACUCAUCGGAGAUGGAUACUAUAGAGACAAUGCAGGGGACAAAUGGGUAUGAAGCACAAUUGAUGGAGAGGAUGGCAGGAGAAGGGUAUGGAGGGUUUAAUUACUUUCCAUCAACAAUGCCUCUUUGACUUGAAGUUUUUGGUUAUCAAUCUAUAUAUAUAUAUAUAUAUAUAUAUAGCUUAACUAUAGCCAUAUAUAUGUUGUAUUCACAAUAAUAUGACCUCUUCUUGUCUCAAAUUCUAAUCCAAUGUGCAAUUUCAAAUGACACUUGUAUAAUUAAUCCCUGUACACACAUGUGGGGUCAAAAUUAAACAUAAUUAAAGGAUUAUAUACAUAUAGUUUCAAUAUUAA